AUGUCUUUAAGUUGGGGAGCGCAAUAUCCAAAAUUGAAAACGAAUCUUCGCCUGGCCAUAAAUCGCUUGAAAUUGCUUGGCAAGAAGAAAACCGAAAUGGCGAUGAAGGCGAGAACGGAAAUCGCCGACUAUAUAUCAGGUAUCGGAGUUACUAUGGCUUGAAAUGUACCUAAAUUUCUUUUCAGCAAAUAAGGCAGAUCGUGCUCGAAUCCGCGUCGAACACAUCAUUCGUGAAGAUUAUCUCGUGGAAGCGUUUGAGAUUCUUGAAAUGUACUGUGAUCUUUUGCUGGCUCGAUUUGGUCUAAUCGAACAGAUGAAGUGAGUUAAUUUUUGGAGCGAGAAAAAAAAGAAAUUUUUUUUAGAACUUUAGACGAUGGGAUCGCUGAGGCUGUGAUAAGUGUACUUUGGGCAGCUCCUCGAAUUGCCACAGAUAUUGCAGAAUUUAAGGUUGUUUCCAUAACCCUUAAUCACAAGUGGGAUUCACAUUUCAGACGGUCAGUGACCAGCUCACCGUGAAGUACGGGAAACCUUUUGCUGAGGCAGCGCGAGGAAAUCAGUUAGAAUUCCCGGCGAAAGUGAACCCCAAACUGAUCGCCAAAUUGAGCGUCGCUGCUCCUCCCAAACUACUCGUUGAAAGGUAUUAUACCUAUUCUCUUCGUUUCAGGUAAAAUAAAUGGUGACUUUUGAGGUACAUGAUUGAAAUUGCAACGGCCGCCGGAGUUCCUUUCGUUCCGGAUCCGGAUAUUAUGCGAGAAGAUGAAGUUCAUCAGGCCGAACAGAUAUUGAUCGACUUCAAAAACGCUGGCAGUGGGGGACCUCCACUUCCACCACCAAAUGUAACUUAUUUUUCAAAUUUUUCGAAUGCUUACAAGGGCUGUGUGCGCGGUGAACAUCGAGUUAUGAAUUGAGGCUUAUAUGGUAGAUAGACCUAGGGGAGAGUGCUCCAAAACGAAAGAGAAAAUCUGCUAAGCGCCACAGGGUACCGAGAAAAAGCUCGUCAAAGUUUUGCCGCCACGUAUAUGGCCGCGCUCGGAGUGUACAGCCAGCAACUUGGAGCGUGGUGAAGUGGCAGUGUUCUUGAAUGGCGCUCACGCUAUGCUGGGUUCGAUUCCGUUUAACGUGAAAAUUUUUUUGCUCUUGUUUUUUCAAUUCUUCUACACUCUAUUAUCAAAAAAAAAACAGCAAAAAAUGUUUGAAUGGAAUGAGUUGAUUGAAAAUUGGAAAAGAAGGAAAGAGAAAGCACAAAAAAAAACAUUUUUGCGAAAAAUUUAGUUUUUCCGUUGAAAAUAUCGGAAAAAUAGCUCUCAUAAUUGGUUCAUGGCUUUCGCAAUCAAAACACGACAGAAUCGAAGCAAAAAUAUAAGUGAAGAAUCACUCAUAAUUCUGUGAAAAAAAAAGAAACCAAGUAUGAGUACGAGCCCAAAGAGCACAAGAAGUCAUGUCAAUGUAAUUUCGCAUUUUCCAUAAAAUUUCAAAAAUUUCGGUGAGCAAUAGAACAAAAAUUAAUAAAGAGGCUUCGAAAAAUGGAAAAUAGAACAGUCGGUGGAUCUUUCGCGAUGAAAGAUUUCCAAACAGUAAAAAGAAAAACAGCAUUAAAGUUGUUGAAGGAGGCCAGAGGAGACAGGUGUGUGUGUGAUAUUAUUCACAAGUAUCAGUUUUUUACAGGAGGUACCAAACUUUUUAUUGUAUUUUAUUUUGCUAUCAUCUCGAGAAGCCGCCCAAGCAUCAAUUAUUUGAACACUUUUUUUGAAGUUUCCGAUGGAAAACCUGAAUAUGACACAAAAAAGUUUUUUUUUUGUGCUUUCUCCUUCCUUUUUUUUCCAAUUUUCGAUUAUAUCCUCCAACUCAAACGUUUUAUGCUGAUAAUAGAGUGUAGAAGAAUUGAAAAACAAGAGCAAAAAAAUUUUCACGUCAAAAGGAAUCGAACCUAGCAUAGCGUCAGCGCCAUUCAAGAACACUGCCAUUUCACCACGCUCCCAGUUGCUCGCUGUGCACUCCGAGCGCGGGCAUAUACGUGGCGGCAAAACUUUGACGAGCUUUUUCUCGGUACCCUAUGGCACUUAGCAGAUUUUCUCUUUCGUUUUGGAGCACUCUCCGCUAGGUCUAUCUACCAUGUAAGCCUCAAUUCAUAACUCGAUGUUCACCGCGCACACAGCCCUUAGAUUGGAUCAUUUAGCUCUCACGGGCUUUACAGCUCUGUAAUUUUGUCCCGAAUUUUAUAUCUUUUUUUUUCGUUUUGUAAAACGAUUGAAUACAAUUUUGAGAACUACCCUGGAAGCAAUUACGGUGGUGGAUCAAGUGGAGGCGGAUCGAUCGGAUGGAAUCUCGGCUCUCAGCCUUCUCCUCAAGUGUUACCUCCUCCCCCUCCGCCUCACGCCACAGGUUUUUUUAUUUUUUGAAACUGGUUUUUUUUUCGGACUAGAGUUUCAGAAGACACAUCAUUCUAAUUCUAUGAGUAAUAUCCAAAAUUUAUGGAAAAAAAUGUCAAAAAAGUCAUUCAAAAUUCCGCUGAUGUCUUAACUCUCGCCCCUCUCAUUACGAGGCUACCAACCUCGAGCACGAUCUCCGUGCUCGAGCACAUCAUUCGUUGUAAUCUGAGUUUGUCAAGACGCAUUGGGAUAAACUAAGCGCAGAAGAAAGAGGCGAAGGACCGGAAGUCCAUGCUUACAACUUGAUCAACUACACGUUUGGACUUCGCCAAAGGCGGUUGUUCGUUAUAGCUUUAAAAGUCCUUGUUCACCGUUUAUUCGAUUAUAUCUAUGGCAAAACAACAGAAAAACAUUUUCCGUAUAUCUCUGGGGAAAAAAAAAUGGAAAUUUCAGACGAAAAUAUCUAUGACGAUAUACCUGCAUCAGGUGAGCUUGAUAAAAGUCAUUUCAAAUUUUAUGUUGUGGCGUUGUGCUCGUUCUUUUCGUUUAAACCGUUUGCACAUCAGUUUUCCUUUUUUCAGUUCACCUUUUUUAAUUCAGACUUUUUCCUUUCUACAAAAGAUGAAAUAAUUACUCAUCUGCUUUGAUUAUGCGAGGAUUCCUUUUCCCAACCAAAAAAAACCAAAAACUUAAAUUUCAGAAGUUAUAUAGAGAAUCCGAAGUGCGAAAUUAUUGUUUAUUCAACCUUUAAGACUAAAAGUUCUUUGAGAAAUCUUAAAAAGACUAUGAGAGCUGCAUUAACAAACGUUGCUUUUUGGACGCUAUUCAAUGGACUUAAACUUACUAUUAAGUGGCCUAUCGCUUUACUUCUUGUAAAAAAGCACCACCAACUUCGAUUUUUUCCAAACCUUUUUUUUGCAGGUAACAUUUACGAAGUUCCGACAGUAAAUGCUAAAUACGACGUUCCGCCCGGCGAUUACAAUCCGGACGGGUGAGGUUUUCAAGUAUUUGAAUAUUUUUGAAGAUACUUAGAGAGAGAAAGAGAUUUCCAUGAAAAAAAUCUGGACAAAACCUAUCAAAUAGGUAUAAAAGUUUUUCCGGAAAAUAGGCUUUUCAAACUUUUCCAGGGAUCGCAGUUUUUCAUUAUUUUUUUUUUCUUGAGAACCUUUUGUAUCAUGAUAUCAUUAUAUUGUAGCAACCAUGCUCAACUUUUUAUAUAUUUCGCAAAUUGAAAGAUUUCAAUUUUUAUAAGAAAUUUUUACCCCGAUAUUUUUUGAUCAUUUAAAGUGUCAGUAAGAGCGUGAAAUGAAGCAAUUUGAACUCUAAAAAAACAAUAAAAGCGCAAAAAUUGAUAUUCAAAUAAAUUUCGCAAAAUUUGGAGUUUUUCGUCUAAAAAUUUUCCUUCAUUUUCUUUAGCAUAUGUGCAAGGAGUUCGUUUUUUUCAGUGUCAAUAUCGGUGGAAGUUCAAAACACGUUUUUUUCCUUUUUAAAAAAAUUGGAGAAUUUCACUAGAAUCCUCUCAAUAUAACGAUUUUUCCGCGAAACGGCUUUUUUUAAUUCUCAAGGGAACAUAUCUUUCUUUUUUUUUCUUUUUCGUGUUUCACUGGAAAAAAGCUCAAAAAACAGAUUUUCAAGAGUUUUGAACAUUGUUUUUUUAGUUUCAAAAACAAUUUUUCAUUCUCAAUCACUUUUCAAAACACGAUCCAUGGAAAUGCAUAUAUGCGAAAAUAAACUUUUCACUGAUAAUGUCAUUUUUUUUCUUCGGAAACGGGUUUUUAUAAUAAUUUGGUUAUCUUUGUGUUUUUUUGAAUUUUUCCAUUUUCAGCGGAGUUCCGGGUCUGAUAAAUCUGCCGAAAAUAGGAGCCAACGGGCUUCCUGUCUACUCGACGCCGACUUCAAACGACAAAGCGUAUCCGACUCUAUCCCAAAGGGUGAGAAAUAGCUCUGAGUGAGAAGAGACUCGAAAGAAGGAAAAAAAAACACCAAAAACAAAGAUGUUAAUCCGAUUUGGGAUGAGCGCUUGCGCGUGAAAAAUCCAGAUGAAUGCUCGUUACAAAUUUGAUUUCCGGCCGUUCGGAGAGAACGAGAAAAAAAAAGAAGUAGCGAAAAGUCGGCGACGCGUGCUUCUUCUUCUCUUCGCUCCGCUGUUCUCUUUUUUUGCCCAUCUGCUUUUGAAGGUUUUCCGAUUAAAGCCUCUCACCAUUCCUCUUCAUUUUAAUAUGAGUCUUUCUUUUUAGAUUUUACGUUAUUCUCCUUUCUCAUCUGUGGAAAAAUGUUUUCAAAAAACAAAUUUUUCCGUAUCCAUUAGAAAAAGAUCUCGAAAACCUGAGUCGAGAAGAAGUUCUUCAUGCUGUCAAUAUGAGAUCUACUCUGUCCUUUUCUUAAAAUGCAAAAUCUUUAAGGUUAAUUUUUUUUAAUUGAUCAUUCCUUGAUUUUACUAGGUUUCAAAAAUCGCUUUUUAAAAAGUUCAAAAAAGAAGGGCUUUUUCGAGUCGUUUUCUUUUUUUUUUCGAAAAUAAAGAGGCGUCUUCUUUCACUUUUGCACGAUGCCUCAAAAGAGCCCAAUAUGAAUAUAUUUUGACCAAAAUUCAAAUUUUUGGGUAAUAUUUUUCAGCAUUUCAAAGUUUGUGGUCUUGUCUAUGGAGCAUUUAUUUUCGUAAUUACUCGAUCCACUGAGCUUGAGAGUUCCGGGUUGAAAAUUGCAGGGUUGUGUUUUCAGUGUGGUCAUAUUUUUUUAGGCUCAGAAUAGGCUGUGUUUUCUAGAGAGGGUUUUGAUGGACCUUUUUUCUGUCUUUUCCAGGUGGUUUUUCAAAACUACUCGUUUUUUUUUGCUGGAGUCAACUUUUAGAGAGUGUCAUUUUCUUUUCAUAUUCUUACUUGGUGGAGGUUGGAGCUAGUCCUCAAACCAAUAAUCCUGCUAAGUUUCUUCUUGCUUCUUUCCGUUAGCCAAAAUGCACCUUUAUAUUACUUUUCAUUCAUAAAAAAAGGUGAUAGGAACACGCUGAAAUGAAAUGUUUCAAUGAUGACCUGUGAUCUAAAUUUUUUGCUUUUUUUGGACAUCAACUUUUUUCCCGAGAUGCAGUUUCUUCACCACGUAUUUAACGGGGCCUUACUAGGGCAUGGUCUCCGCUCGACAACGAGUUGAGAAUUGAGACUUUGUGGGUGGAUAGGUCUAGGUAAGAGUACUCGGGAUCAAAAAUAAAAUUCUGCUAAACCCCACAGGCAGCCGAGAAAAAGCUCCUCGAAAGUUUUCCAGCGCGGAUAUGGCCGCGCUCGGAGCCUUCGGCUAGCAACUGGUGGCGUGGUGUAGUGGGCAGUGGUCUUGCGCACUGCCAAUAUGGUGACCAUCGUUCGAAUCCUUUUGGCGCAAAUCGUUUUUGCCCGCUCAUAUCUUUAACACUUUCACAUUUUGUGAGAUUUUUUUCAAAGAUUUACAUCAAAACGCGCAGAAAACUUAUUUCUACUACUUUACUCAUGGAAAGUUUUUCUCCACGUAUUGAGGAGAAUCUUCUCAAAUAGUUUUGUUGGAAGACAGGCAAUCAGCAGCAUAGUUAUUAAAGUUAAGCUUAUUUCGUGCAAAAUUAUGUUGGUAACUUUGAAAAAUCGUCAUAUCUUCUGAUACCUGGAACGCGAAAUCGAACGGAAAAGUUUCGCUUUAGUGGUGUUAUUGUGUUUCCGUUUAGUACACACGGGUCCGAAAGAAUAGAAAGAAUAGAAAGAAAGGUAAUAAGGUAAUCGUUUUCCAAAAGAGCUCGAAGUUUUAUAACAUAUCUACUCGACAUGAACUUUUAUAAACAGAUUGUUCUCUCCAGCAUAAAAAAACAUAAAAUUUCAAAUGAGUAUUUUUUAUUGUGAUUUUUGUAAAUUUUUAUUGUAGACUUUCGAAAAAAAGUUUUAAAAAAUGUGAAAGUGUUAAAGAUAUGAGUCGGCAAAAACGAUUUCCGCCAAAAGGAUUCGAACCCUGGUCACAAUAUUGAUAGUGCACAAGACAACAACCCACUACACCACGCCGCCAGUUGCUAGCCGAAGGCUCCGAGCGCGGCCAUAUCUGCGCUGGAAAACUUUCGACGAGCUUUUUCUCGGCUGCCUGUGGGGUUUAGCAGAAGUUUAUUUUUGAUUCCGAGUACUCUUACCUAGACCUAUCCACCCACAAAGUCUCAAUUCUCAACUCGUUGUCGAGCCGAGACCAUGCCCUAGUUAGUUUUUCAUAAUGAUUCUACUUCUUUUUUUUUUCUGCCCGCAAUAACCUAACAUUAAUCCUUUUUUACGUAAGCUAUGCUACUCAUAUCGCGAAGAAAAACGAUGACGGCGGCUGAAUCGAAGACGAAAAGCAAGUCGCCGAAAAGGUGUUCGUCGUGUAAGAGAGAAAAUUCGCGACGAACCAAAACACCCGAUCGUCAGGCUAAUAAAUCUUUGAAAGUAAAUUAUAAAUUUAUCAUAAGAAAGGAAAUCGGAAAAUAUAUCCAUUUUAGAACUCGAUGAUUCAACCAAAUUUGCCGCCCAGCAAUCCAUCGGCGCCUCCGCAAAGCUUGAAAAAGCCUGAGGAUGAUGGUAAGUUUUUAUUGAUUUUUGUAUUAUCUUUUUUGAAGGAGUCAACUUUUAGAGACUUUUAGAUACUAGAAAUUAUAGAGAAUUUUUCUAUUUUAGAAUCUUUUAUUUUUCAGACGUUUCAAGUGCCGAAAUUACAUUGAACAAAGAUUAGAAUGUUUAAAACGUUAGUUACCAUGGAACUAUGUUUUGAAUAAAUGACUGCUUUUCAUACGUGGAAAAGAUGUGAAGGUUUCUGAAUUCGUUGCUUUCUUUUUCUCGGGCAAAGUCGGAAUGGUGGAUAAUGGCCGCUAAAAGGGAGAGGCUCAAAAAAGGCCGCAGAAAGGCAGCAAAAAGACAGCGAAAGGGAGCAAAGAGACUCCCUUUAUCGAGCCUUCCAUUUUUCUGGGAUUUUAAAGGCUCGAGAAAUGGUGGAGAAAGGAAGAGGCAGCAAAAAUGGUGCAUAAGGGCUGAGAAAAUGGAGCAAAAAGGCAGCAAAAAGAGAGCCUUCGUCACCCUAAAAGGAACAUUUCUAUGGUCCUUUAUGGACCCUCGGAGGGUCCUUCCGACUUUGCCUAUGUUGGAUUUUUUCGAAAAAAGUUUAUCAACACUUCAAGUUUUGGUUUAAGCCAGUGAAAUUUCUUUUUUUUUCUACAUUAUAGAGCGAGUUUUAAGCUAUAAAAGCAACGAAACCUCUAUAUAUACCUCGAAAUUUCAGAAAUUUUCUUCCCCGAGCCUCCGACGACAUUUGUAGGCGGCGGAAAUGCGCCCGGCGGUUCUGGCGGCAGCGAUUUGGAUUUCGACGAUUUGGCCAAGCGGUUCGACCAACUCAAAAAGAAAUAG